ACGAGUUGUGUAUCGCUGCUGCCGCAGCCAGCGGCUCUGCUGCUGCGGCUGCUGCUGCUGCUGCUGCCCCUGGUCCUGCUUGGGCUGAUGAUGAUGGCUCGGGAAUGACGUAAUAGCGCUUACGAUUUGGCUUACCAAAAAGCCGAGCGCGCAAGGUAGGUCGUGUGCUGCAGCCGACGACAGUCUCCUCUUCGUCUCUCUCUCUCUCUCUCUCUUUCGCUCGCUCACUCUUACUCUCACACACACACACGCGCAAGCUGGCAGGCACACAAGCAGAGACGAAGCAACCAGCUGGCAGCCAAAACGAUUGCGACGCCGACUGAAGCAGAUUGUUCGUUUUGUGCGCUGCUCCUCCGUUUGGAUAUAGUCGCGUGUAACCGUAAAGAUAAGUUCAGUCGCGUCACAGACGCCGCAUUGUUAACAACUUUUCGCAAACAUUAAACAAACCAGCCCAAACACUAAAUACCUGAAUCAAAUAUAAUUAGCAAACGGCAAUUUUUACAUCCAAAGCACACACGCAUCAAAAUGUAUGUACAUGUACUAAUUCGCGCAUUAAUAUUAAUAUAUUCUUAAAUAAAUAAUCAUGUGCUGUGUUUAAAGAAUCGUUAAAUUGCAACAAGUUGUCAUAUCUAGUCCAAUACGGAAACGGAAGCCGACUGACAACGCAGCGUAUGCGUAAUAUCGCACAACUCCGUUGCAGUUGUAGCGCGCGUGCCACAGUGCGUAUGUGUAACGUGACGGUUAACGGUAAACGGUAGACGGUAGAACGGUGCAUAAAUCGUAUCAAUUGUAUAUCAUUUAACAGACUUCAGUGCAGGUGCAUUGUUUAAACGGCAACAGGAAAAUAUUGUUGAUGUCUUGACGCUGCUUACGAAUAACAUUGAGAUAAGUCCUUGUGAGACCUACACCUACACACACAUGUGUGUGUGUGUUUGUAAACGUGAGUAAGCCAUUGCGUAGUCAGUUGCUUACGUCGUCAGUUGGCAGUGCGCAAACGCUUAGUGGGCAAGGGAAAAGCGGAAGGUCGCCGGGCCAAAACGCAGUAAACGCAAGUUCAAGUUUAAGGACAUGCUAAAAUAGGCGAGAACAAAAGUGCCGCGCGAGAAACAAUAAUGAAGAGCAGGGCGCAACCAUAGCCUGGGCCUGACUACAACUACAAUUGAAUAUAUAUAAGCAAAACAACUACGGCUGGCGAAUUGCCAAGGGUUGGCUUCAGCUGGGACGUCGUGCUGGAUCUCCAUCGCGUUGCAGUGCGCCAUACAGGUGCAGAGACAACGGCAACUGAGUCGCGCAGAACGCCGCCCACAAAAUCAACGGAGCAAGGCUCCAAGCAUUUCUCGAAAGUGGGCAAAUCCAAGAGCCCAAAAGCCGAAAGUGUGAACGUUGCAGCACCGAGGACUCCACUAAGAUCUCCAAAAACAGACACCAAGCUAACAGAAGCCGCGACUGCAACAACAAUUGCCCCAACUGCAACAACAACAACAACUGCAGCAACCACCAAAAGCAGCCAAACGAGGCUUCAAAACCAAGCGACUACAAGCAUGUUACUUUUGCAACCCAACAGCUCCUUUAGUUCACUCUCGUCGUUCGACAAUUUCUCAACGCAAGCCGUGGCAACGACAACGACGACGUCCACAGUAGCUGCAGUAGCGAGUAGUGCUGGACAUCAUCACCAUCAUCAUCAUCGCCAUCAUAAUCAUCAGCAACAGCAGCAGCAACAGCAACAGCAACAGCAACAGCAGCAGCAGCAGCAGCUAGUUGGGCAACAGCAUCAGCAUCUGCUGCUGCCCACAUCCAACCAGGUCUCGCUGCUGACCCAUGAGGAGGAUCAGCUGAUAAGCAAUCUUGCCGAUGCGGCCGUCACGCACAGCGAACUCUUCUCGGACUUAUUCUUUCCAUCGGACUCGAACAACUCUUUGCUCUCGCCGGCGCUGGAGCAUUCGGUUGCCAGCUAUCCAGACACACAGAUUGAUGUGACGCCGUCCAGUGAGACUCUGAUCGGCAGCAGCGAGGAUAUCACAGGCUCCAUUGAGAAUCUCACCAAGCUGACGUGUUUGCGCGACAAGCGGCUGUCCUCAAUACAAGACCAGCUUUCAGCCAAUAGCGCCAACAGCAGCGCCGGCUCCGAGCAGGAUCAUCACGCGAUUUGCCUGCUCAGCCUGCGCUCCAGCAGCGAUCCCGCAAUUGCACUCCACGCUCAGCAGCAGCAACAGCAGCAGCAGCAGCAACAACAGCAGCAACAACAGCUGCAGGCAGCCUAUCUGCAGCGGCACGGCGCCAGCGACUUACUGAUCUCACCCAUUGGGGGGCCGCUCUCGUGCGGCAGCAGCCUGCCCAGUUUCCAGGAGACCUACUCUCUCAAGUACAACAGCAGCAGCGCCAGCAGUCCGAAGCAGGCGUCCUCCUCGGCCACGGGCACGCCCUCCGAUCAGAUCUUGACCAUUAAAAUGGAUGAGGACUGCUUUCCGCUGACAACCGCUGCGGAGGUAAUGGCUGACCUUAACUCUGGCCCCGGCUCUGGCCAGUCGCUGCACCAGCUGCAGGCUCAGCCUUCGGCCCUGGCAGGCGCCGGGCACCACAACAACAACAACAACAACAGUAGCAGCAACAGCAGCGGCUACAACUACCAUGGUCACUUCAACGCCAUCAACGGCGCUUCCAAUCCCUCGCCCAGCUCAUCGGCCAGCUCGCUUUACGAGUACAACGGUGUGGGCCCGACUGAUGGCUUUUACGGGCAACAGCAGUCGGGCUAUCAGCACAUUAACUACAACACGCCGAAUGGCGAACGCUACUCCUUGCCCACAUUUCCCACCAUUUCCGAGCUGGAGGCAGCAACGGCUGCCACCGCGUCCGCAUCAAAUGGCGGCGCCAAUUCCGGCUCUGUUGUGGUCGUGCCGCCGCUGCGUCGUGCCUCGCUGCCUGUGCAGCGUUCCGUAUCGCCCGCCGCCGCCGCGCACAGCCCCAAGAUGGCGAAGCUGGCGCUGGGCGCGAGAAAUGCGCACACCGUGAAUGCGCUGCAGGUGCAGCUGAGCUCGGCACCCAAUUCUGCUGCCAGCUCGCCAGUGAGCGGAGCCGGCACGGAUUUUCUGCACAACCAGGCCCAAGGGCGUCUGCUGCAGUCCACUCAUCCAAACGCAUCGCAGCUGUGCGCCGUGUGCGGCGAUACGGCCGCCUGUCAGCACUACGGGGUGAGGACCUGCGAAGGCUGCAAGGGCUUCUUCAAGCGAACCGUGCAAAAGGGCUCCAAGUAUGUGUGCCUGGCGGACAAGAGCUGCCCGGUGGACAAGCGGCGGCGCAAUCGCUGCCAGUUCUGUCGUUUCCAAAAGUGCUUGGUGGUUGGCAUGGUCAAGGAGGUGGUGCGCACGGACUCACUGAAGGGUCGCCGCGGGCGUCUGCCCUCGAAGCCAAAGUCGCCGCAAGAGUCGCCCCCAUCGCCGCCCAUAUCGCUGAUAACUGCAUUGGUGCGCAGUCACGUGGACACAACACCGGAUCCCUCGUGCCUAGACUACACACACUACGAGGAGCCACUCGAUCCGCUGACCCCGCCGAACGUAGCCAGUGGACUGGGCCUGAGCGAGGCCGACAAGGUGCAGCAGUUCUACCAGCUGCUGAGCAGCUCGGUGGAUGUGAUCAAGCAGUUUGCCGAGAAGAUUCCCGGCUAUUUGGAGCUCACGCCCGAAGACCAGGAGCUCCUCUUCCAGUCCGCAUCGCUGGAGCUGUUCGUGCUGCGCCUCUCCUAUCGCGCCCGCAGCGAUGACACCAAAAUGAUCUUCUGCAACGGCACGGUGCUGCACCGUAACCAAUGCCAGCGCUCCUUUGGCGAUUGGCUCAACGGCAUCAUGGAGUUCAGUCGCAGCCUGCACAAUCUUGAGAUUGACAUAUCGGCCUUUGCCUGCCUCUGCGCCCUCACCCUCAUAACAGAGCGACAUGGCCUGCGAGAGCCGAAGAAGGUGGAACAGCUGCAGAUGAAGAUUAUUGGCAGCCUGCGAGAUCAUGUGACCUAUAACGCGGAAGCGCAGAAGAAACAGCAUUACUUCAGCCGGCUGCUGGGCAAGCUGCCCGAGCUGCGCUCCCUGAGCGUCCAGGGACUGCAGCGCAUAUUCUAUCUCAAGCUGGAGGAUCUGGUGCCAGCACCGGCCCUCAUUGAGAACAUGUUCGUUACCACGUUGCCCUUCUAGGCGCCAUAACUUUGCUUCCUUAUAUUUAGCUUUUAAUAACGUAAAUAGAUUGCGUAAGUAAUUAAAUUUGGAAUCUCCCAGACAACAUGUACCUAGUUCUAAGUGAUCUCAAGGAGCCUGAGAUAGCAGAACCCC